UGCUCUGCUUCAGCAGAUCCCCGCAAACGUCUCUCUUUUGACCUGAGCCGGCGCCGUACCAAGUCGCCUGGUGGUGGUGAGACCGGGCCUGUGGCUGAAGUGAUCUGAGAGCGUGAGAGGGGCGCGCCAUGUUCGCCCCCCGCUUGGGCCGGGGGCUCGGCUGCCUCCGGCUCGGUCACCUCCGAGUGCGGGCGGGCGAGGCUGCUGGGCGCUGGGCAUGCGGGGCGUGUCAGGCCCGGCUGCACGGCUCGGGUGGCGGCGAGCGCCGGCCGGGGUCCGAGCCGGAGGUCUCGCCGCCGGGCCCCGCGCGCCGAACGCUGAAGGAGUGGGCGCUGCCGGUGAGCCCGUUCGGUCGGCUGCGGGCGCGGCUGCCGUGCCACCUGGCCGUGCGGCCCCUGGACCCCCUCGCCUACCCGGACGCCGACCGCGUGCUGGUCGCCGUGAGUGGACUGGAGGGCGGGGCGCAGGACCUGGCCGGCCUGCGCGUUCAGUACGACGAGGAGUUGAAGGAGGUGGCCGUGGUGUCUGACACCAUUGACCCCCAGGCGUCCGUGGAGGUGAACGCGCCCCUGAAGUUUGAUUUGAAUAUCAAGUCUUCAGGGUCUGGCUGUAUAAAAGUCCAAAAUAUUGAGUGUGAUAAUUGCAAAAUUGAAACUGAGCAGGGGACUAGCAUCUUACAGUCUGUUAAGAGUCAAAAAUUACGUGUUCAAACUAAAGGAGGCAAAGUGAUCUGUCUGGGAACAAUUUAUGGAAAUAUAGAUAUUCAUGCAUCAGAUAAAAGUACUGUGACCAUAGAUAAACUGCAGGGAAGUUCUGUUAAUAUAUCUACUGAAGAUGGUUUGCUGAAAGCCAAGUAUCUUUACACAGAAUCAUCAUUUCUAUCUUCUGCUGCUGGGGAUAUUACAUUAGGAAGUAUUCAUGGUAAUAUAACAUUACAAAGCAAGAUGGGUAACAUCACAGUAGAUUCAUCCUCUGGAUGUCUAAAAGCCUCAACUCAUCAGGGUGCCUUAGAUGUUUAUGUCAGCCAACUGGGGAAGGUGGAAUUGAAAUCCCAUAAAGGCUCUGUUCUUGUCAAGGUCCCAUCUUCUCUUCAAGUUUAUUUACAGUUAUCAGGAAAAGAGGUCAAUGUGAGCUCAGAAGUCCAUGUACAAGAGAUGGCCGAAACUCAUAAAGAUGAUGUUGUAAUAAUUACUGGGCUCAUGAAUCAAGGAAGCAAUCUUGAAAAAUGGAUUAAGGCUGAUGCCCCAAAAGGCACUGUAAGUUUUAGAAAUCAAAGCUGGUUUCAGUCCCUGAAACUGCAGGACUGAAUGGUUUGAGCCUGGCCGGUAUGGUUCAGUGGUUGAGCAUCGGCCUAUGAACCAGAAGGUCACAGUUUGAUUUCUGGUUAGGACACAUGUACAGGUUCUGGGCUCGAUCCCCAGUAGGGGGCGUGCAGGAGGCAGCCAGUCAAUGUUUCCCUCUCAUCAUUGAUGUUUCUAUCUCUCCCUCUCUUUUUAAAAAAAGGAAUGGUUUGAGUUGUAUUUAUAAUUGUAAUAAUUAGUAGAUCAACGGCUACAAAAAUGCAAAUACCACUGUUCAUAUAAAUAUUGAAAAUAACAAAUUGGAUGAGUACUGAAUUGUGU